CACGUUUACGACCCAUCCGCUGUAGGCGAACAGUAGGCGCGUGACCUUCCGACCACGACGACGACAGCCUGCCAGUGUAAUGGUAGCAUGUGUCGCGAUCGCACACACUACUCGGCUCGGCUGGUUCGAUCGGUUCGCGUCAGUGAUAACCGCGCGGCACUCGGUACGGCGUUGCAUCCGUGUGCAGCGCGCGCCCUCGAUUGGGUGAAGCAUUCUUCUUCGCAUCACAUGAUCGCACACACAAGCGCCGUGCGCCUUCUCCGCUACGGGUGUGCCGUUGUUUGAGGUGCAAAUUAGUGCGCGGAUCCGGCAAAUAGGUGUCAACCAACCACACUACACAGCAACUCCUGGCCGAAUCGAUAACGGCAACAUCAUCGCCAUCAUCGCCAUCACGUGAACCGGAACACCACCACGAGCACAGCGAUCAUCUCGGUAGUCUCUCUGAUCCAGUACAGCAGGCGCGCCCCGUUGCAGCAACCGCCACACCAUGGCGAUGAUGUUCCGGAGCGAAGAGAUGGCCCUGUGCCAGAUGUUUAUCCAGCCGGAAGCGGCCUACACGUCCGUGUCCGAGCUGGGCGAGACCGGGGCGGUCCAGUUUCGUGACCUAAACGCCGACGUGAACGCGUUCCAGCGCAAGUUCGUCAGCGAGGUACGCCGUUGCGAUGAGAUGGAGCGCAAGCUGCGGUACGUCGAGGGCGAGGUGAAGAAGGACAGCGUCCAGAUCCCCGAGUGUUCGGUGGACGAUUGGCCCCGCGCACCGAACCCGCGCGAGAUUAUCGAUCUCGAAGCGCGGCUCGAGAAGACGGAGAACGAAAUUCUCGAACUGUCCCAGAACGCGGUCAACCUGAAGUCGAACUAUCUCGAGCUGACCGAGCUGAAGCAUGUGCUCGAGCGGACGCAAUCGUUCUUCUUCGAGCAGGAGGUGAUCGUCAGCACGGACGGCGCCAAGAGCAACCUGAUUGCGGAAGAUCCGACCGCGGCUCAGAGCCGCGGCCGGUUGGGCUUUGUGGCCGGGGUGAUCCAGCGCGAAAAGAUGCCGGGCUUCGAGCGGAUGCUGUGGCGCAUCUCGCGCGGUAACAUCUUUCUGCGCCAGGUCGAGCUGGAGGACCCGUUGGAGGAUCCGGCCACGGGUAACGAAAUCUUCAAAACCGUGUUCGUGGCGUUCUUCCAAGGCGAGCAGCUGAAGGCGCGCAUCAAGAAGGUAUGCACCGGGUACCACGUGUCGCUCUACCCGUGUCCGAGCUCCGGAUCCGAGCGUACCGAGAUGGUGAAGGGCGUUUGCACGCGUCUCGAGGACCUGAAGAUGGUGCUGAACCAGACGCAGGAUCAUCGCUCGAUCGUGCUGGCUACCGUCGCGAAGGAACUGUUCAGCUGGCGCAUCAUGGUGAAGAAGAUGAAGGCGAUCUACCAUACGCUGAACCUGUUCAACAUGGACGUCACCAAGAAGUGUCUGAUCGGCGAGUGCUGGGUGCCGGUGCCCGACCUACCCAAGGUGCAGAAAGCCCUGUCGGAUGGGUCCGCCGCCGUUGGCAGCACGAUACCGUCCUUCCUGAACGUGAUCGACACGAACGAGGCACCGCCGACGUACAACCGAACGAACAAGUUUACGCGCGGCUUCCAGAAUCUGAUCGAUGCGUACGGUAUCGCGUCGUACCGGGAGGCGAACCCGGCCCUGUACACCAUCAUCACGUUCCCCUUCCUGUUCGGCAUCAUGUUCGGCGAUCUGGGGCACGGUAUGAUCAUGGCACUGUUCGGCCUGUGGAUGGUAACGGGCGAGAAGAAGCUGGGCGCCAAGAAGUCGACCAACGAAAUUUGGAACAUUUUCUUCGGCGGCCGGUACAUCAUCCUCCUGAUGGGGCUGUUCUCCAUGUACACCGGGUUCGUGUACAACGACAUCUUCUCCAAGUCGAUGAACAUCUUCGGCUCGGCCUGGACCAUCAACUACAACACGUCCACGGUGAUGAGCAACAAGGAUCUAACGCUCAAUCCCGGCUCGAUCGACUACCACACGGACAUCUAUCCGGUCGGGCUGGAUCCCGUGUGGCAGCUGGCCACGAACAAGAUCAUCUUCCUGAACUCGUACAAGAUGAAGCUGUCGAUCAUCUUCGGCGUGGUGCACAUGAUCUUCGGCGUGUGCAUGAGCGUGGUCAACCACAACUUCUUCCGCAAGCGCGUCAGCAUCGUGCUGGAGUUCCUGCCGCAGAUCAUCUUUCUCGUGCUGCUGUUCGCGUACAUGGUGUUCAUGAUGUUCAUGAAGUGGGUCGCUUACACCGCCAAAACGGACUACCAGCCGCGUACGCCCGGCUGCGCACCGUCCGUGCUGAUCAUGUUCAUCAACAUGAUGCUGUUCAAGAACACCGAACCGUUCCACGGGUGUGACGAGUUCAUGUUUAGCGGCCAGAACGAGGUGCAGCGCACGUUCGUGUUCAUUUCGCUGCUGUGCAUUCCCUGGAUGCUGCUCGGCAAGCCGUUCUAUCUGAUGUUCAAGCGCAAGCAUGCGUCACCGACACCAAUUCCCAACAACGGGGACGUCCAUCAGGCAGGUGACUCGAACCACGCGUCCAGCCCGAAACCACACGAUUCGCACGACGAUGAGCCGAUGGCAGAGAUCUUCAUCCACCAGGCCAUCCACACGAUCGAGUACGUGCUCAGCACGGUAUCACACACCGCGUCCUACCUGCGUCUGUGGGCGCUUUCCCUUGCGCAUGCCCAAUUAUCGGAGGUCCUGUGGAACAUGGUGCUGUCGAUGGGACUUAAGCAAACGUCCUACAAGGGUGCGAUCAUGCUGUACUUUGUCUUUGGCGCCUGGUCACUGUUUACGCUCGCCAUCCUCGUCAUGAUGGAAGGAUUGUCCGCCUUCCUGCACACGCUACGUUUGCACUGGGUCGAGUUUAUGAGCAAAUUCUACGAGGGUUUGGGUUACGGUUUCCAGCCCUUCUCGUUCAAGCUGAUCAUCGAUAGCGAUGAGGAUUUGGAGUAAUAUGUGCGACGUUGAAUGUGUUGUUUUGAAGGGGGUGGUGGUAGUCGCAACAGAUGAUGACUAUCGUUCGGCCCCGUAAAGCAUCCAACAUCCCAACAUCUUCUCCCCACACCUUUGUAGUAUUGGAGGGUAUUGCGAUGGGUUGCGAGGUUCUCGACUGCUCGCCUUCACCAGCGACCUGAACAGAACAAGCGACCCCAAAACUGACCCAUACCCCACAGCAUCCGUAAUCGUAGUUAGUAGUGAUGGUAGUAUACGCGCGCAAACCUGCAAUGCAAGCUCCUAUCUGCACGGUAUUAAUGCAUGCAAAAACG